UUUCCUCAAUUCAUUUUCUUCCGCAUUCUCUGCUUCCAAUUUUUUUGUUAUACAUCUUUGUUGGGUUUUCUUCCAUCAUCCCAUUUUAAUCUUCUCACUGUUACUUCACUCUCUUUUAACCCUCUAAUUUUGCAUAAUAUUUCACCAAAACCACUCUCCUGCGUACUCUUUUUCUCUGAAUUUUAUCUAUCAGUUAAGAUUCAGCAAAUCUUUGCAAGAUCUUAUAUAUAUAUACUAAUCCUCUGUGGGUUUUCUCGAUUCAUUCAUUCCUAAAAAUAUCAGUAACCCCGUAAAUUUUCAUUUUAAACCCAUGAAACCCUUCGAGGCUUUUCCUUUCUGAGUUUAGAAAUCAGGGAGCUUGAUGGCAUCGCUUGGGUCGCUUUGCCUUUUGAUCCAAACAUCGACCAGCAGCUGUUCUGCUCCUCGACAGAGGAGAACUAGUUGCUGCUGGGAAAGGCGUCACUUUUUCGCGAUCUAUGGAAGGAGAUCUCUUGAUCCCAAUGGAGUUUUCUGCAAAUUGGGUAUUUUUGGGGGUCUAAAAAGCGAAAUUCUGAAAAGGGGGUUGAGAGCUACUGGGAAAAGAGAAGGCAUUGGGGCAGAGGAAGAAAAUGGGGGUGAUGAUGAAGAGAAUGUUGCUGAUGAAUCGUUUCAGGCAACGCUUAAACAAAGCAAGGAGGUUUUAGCAAGGCAAAAGAAUCUCAUUAGACAGAUUGAAGAAAGAAGGAAGCUUGUUUCUUCUAUAACAAGUAACGCUGUUAACAUAGAAAUAGAUGCAGCUACUAAUGAAAGUGGCAGCUAUUCUCAAAAUACAAAACAAUGUUCAACUACUACAGGAGAGCUUGAUAAAAAAUAUAGCAUUACUACUGCACCUGAAAAAUCUGAUCAAUUAAGUAAAGUUGAAGUAUCAGUAAGACCACCAAGUUCUGAUAAAAAAUCAGUUUACAGAAGAGAAAUUGAGGACGAAUCACCAGAUGAACACUCUGUGGCUGAUGCUCUUGGAUUAUCCAGAGAAGUUGGUUCAGAAGCAGCCCACUCAGCGAUUACAUCUCCAAGUUUAUCAAGAGCAUCUGAACUUUAUGUAACCGAGAAUCUUGAAGAUUUGAUAGAACAAAACAUUGGUAAUGCAAAUGCCGAACAAGAUGCAACUCCUGGGGAAGGAAUAAAGGAUUCUCCUCCCUUGGCUGGAGCUAAUGUCAUGAAUGUCAUCUUGGUAGCUGCAGAAUGUGCUCCUUGGUCAAAAACAGGGGGUCUUGGAGAUGUUGCUGGAGCUUUACCGAAGGCUUUGGCUAAGAGAGGACAUCGAGUUAUGGUUGUGGUACCAAGGUAUGGCGACUAUAGUGAACCUCAAGAUCUAGGAGUACGUAAAAGGUACAAGGUUGAUGGACAGGAUAUGGAGGUAUCUUAUUUUCACGCAUACAUUGAUGGAGUAGAUUUUGUUUUUAUUGAUAGCCCCAUUUUCCGGCAUCGUGAGAAAGAUAUAUAUGGAGGAAAUCGAGUGGACAUUUUAAAAAGGAUGGUUUUAUUUUGCAAGGCAGCUGUAGAGGUUCCAUGGUAUGCUCCAUGUGGUGGUGUCUGCUAUGGAGAUGGGAAUCUAGUAUUUAUUGCAAAUGACUGGCACACUGCGCUCUUACCGGUUUAUCUGAAGGCAUACUAUCGAGACAAUGGCUUGAUGAAGUAUACACGAUGUGUCCUUGUUAUACACAAUAUAGCACACCAGGGCCGUGGUCCCAUCGAGGAUUUCCACAUCGCUGAUCUCCCAGGUCAUUACAUUGAUCUUUUCAAACUCUACGAUCCAAUGGGAGGCGAACACUUCAACAUAUUUGCAGCUGGCUUAAAGGCCGCUGAUAGAGUCGUCACCGUCAGCCACGGUUAUGCAUGGGAGCUCAAAACCCAAGAAGGCGGGUGGGGCCUUCACGGAAUCAUCAACGAGAAUGACUGGAAGUUCAAAGGCAUUGUCAACGGGGUCGACACUAAAGACUGGAACCCAAGCCUCGAUGUGCACUUAAAAUCUGAUGGCUACGCAAACUACUCUCUCGAAACUCUACACACUGGCAAGUCUCAGUGCAAAGCUGCUCUUCAGAAAGAACUAGGCUUGCCUGUUAGAGACCAUGUCCCUAUCAUUGGUUUCAUCGGGAGGCUCGAUUAUCAAAAAGGCGUCGACUUGAUAGCAGAGGCCAUGCCUUGGAUUGUAGGCCAAGAUGUACAAUUGAUUAUGUUAGGUACUGGAAGACAAGAUCUCGAAGAAAUGCUUAGAAAUUUCGAGGGUCACAACCGCGACAAAGUUAGAGGUUGGGUUGGGUUUUCAGUAAAAAUGGCGCAUAGAAUCACUGCAGGUGCCGACGUUUUGCUGAUGCCAUCGAGGUUUGAGCCUUGUGGGCUUAACCAACUUUACGCGAUGAUGUAUGGGACCGUUCCUGUCGUGCAUGCGGUUGGUGGGCUUAGAGAUACAGUGCAGCAAUUCGAUCCUUACAGCGAGAGUGGGCUUGGGUGGACUUUCGAUAGGGCGGAGAGUCAUAAGCUUAUUGAUGCGUUAGGGAAUUGUUUGAAUACUUACUGGAAUUAUAAGAAAAGUUGGGAGGGGCUUCAGAGGAGAGGGAUGAUGCAGGAUCUCAGUUGGGAUAGUGCUGCUCAGCAGUAUGAAGAAGUGCUUGUUGCUGCAAAAUAUCAGUGGUGAAAAUGAUGUUCCCCACUCUUUUCUUGUUAAUGAACUGAAUGAUAUAUUCCGUCCUCUUAGUUUCUGGGGGGAUUUUUUUUUUUUCCGGUAGUAAUUCUGUUUAACCUGUAGCAGAUAAUUUUUGUUUGAUGAACAAUAACGAUACCAAACACGUACGGCAUGGUUCAAUCUGAAUUUUCCUUGUACAUAGAAUAUAAGUCAUCUGGAAAGGAACUUUAGAGAUGAAUUGUAUAAAUGAGCUAUAGCUCGGGAUGAAUUUUAUCUUUACUUAUAAGUAAUCAUCGGUUUGAUCGGGUUC